AUGGAGCUGUCCAAGAAGACUGGCUUCUGGACGCAGCACGUGGAUCCGAGAAGCGGCCGGACGUAUUACUACAACAUGGCGUUGGAACGGAGCUACUGGGAACUACCACAACCACUGCAUGCUCAAGUCAAGACGCCAACUUUACAUGCCCUGCGUGAGUGGGACCACGACGCCGCAGAGCGCAAGUACGGCGCUGCGUAUCACGAGGCAGAUGGGGACAAUGACGGCAUGCGUCAAAGGCGUGAGGAGGCACUGGCCAAGUGCCGAACGCUGGCGGUGAACGCUCAAGCAACUGCGCCGGCUAAGCUCAUGGCGCUCGAAGAGCGAAUGGCACUGGCAGCCCAGAAGCGAAAAGCAGCGGAAGUGCAGCAUAGUACGAGUAGCACCCGAGGAAUUGCCAGUGCGAGUCAGAGCGAGUAUCUUGACCUGGUGCGUCAGCUGCAGCAGCACGACGACGGCGAGGACGGAACGGGCGGUAAGUGGCUCGUGAGGUGA